CUAUUGCACGUGCCCUUCAGACACUACCAGGUGAACUGCUCUGACUGGUUGCUGAAAGUGAUCUGUGGCGUAGUGGACAUUCGCACUGUUUAUGCUUCCCACAAGAAGGCGAAAGCCUGCCUCAUCUCUCGCAUCAGCUGUGAGCGAGCUGGUGCCCGGUUUCACAUUCGAGGGGUCAAUGAUGAUGGACAUGUGUCUAACUUCGUUGAGACAGAGCAGACAAUUUACUUGGAUGAUGACGUCUCUUCCUUUGUGCAGAUCAGAGGUUCUGUUCCGCUGUUUUGGGAGCAACCAGGGCUUCAGGUGGGUUCUCAUCAUCUAAGGCUUAGCAGAGGUCUGGAAGCUAAUGCUCCUGCCUUUGACAGGCAUAUGACGCUUCUGAAAGACCAGUAUGGAAAACAAGUGAUCGUUAACCUGUUGGGAAGCAGAGGAGGGGAGGAGGUGCUCGACAGAGCUUUUAAGAAACUGCUAUGGGCCUCUUCCCAUGCAGCAGACACUCCCAUGAUAAACUUUGACUACCACCAAUUUGCAAAAGGUGGGAAAACUGAGAAACUGGAAAACUUACUGAGGCCUCAGCUGAAGUUGCACUGGGAAGACUUUGGAAUCUUCACAAAGGGCGAGAAUGUAAGUCCACGUCUGCAGACAGGGACUUUUCGAAUGAAUUGUUUGGACUGCCUGGAUCGUACUAAUAGUGUACAGUCCUUCAUUGCACUGGAGAUCCUGCUUGCUCAAUUAGAGAGCCUUGGGUUGAACUCUAAAUCUAUAAUUGAGCGCUUCGUGGAAUCCUACAAAGUGAUGUGGACUCUCAACGGUCAUAAUCUGAGCAGAGUGUUUACUGGUAGUCGUGCCCUUGAGGGGAAGCACAAGGUUGGGAAACUCAAGGAUGGUGCCCGGUCUGUCUCUCGCACCAUUCAGUCAAAUUUCUUUGAUGCAGUGAAGCAGGAAGCCAUCAACUUGCUGCUAAUGGGUGACUUCUUCAGUGAGGAAUAUGCAGACAAAGGCAAGAUGCUUAUGGACCAUACUGCACUGCUGGUAACUCCAAGUAUUUUGAAGGCCAUGUCAGAGCGUCAGUUUGAAUUCACAAGCUUUAAGCGUGUUCGUGUUGCCACGGGGACCUGGAACGUGAAUGGGGGGAAGCAGUUUCGAAGCAACAUCCUCGGUACCAGUGAGCUGACAGACUGGCUGCUGGAUUCUCCCAAGCUCUCUGGAGUUUCUGAAUUUCAGGAUGAUGAGAACUGCCCUCCUGACAUAUUUGCAGUGGGAUUUGAAGAGAUGGUUGAAUUAAAUGCAGGGAAUAUUGUGAAUGCCAGUACAACAAAUAGAAAAAUGUGGGGAGAGCAGCUUCAAAAAGCUAUUUCCAGGACUCAUCGCUACAUUCAGCUGACAUCAGCACAGCUUGUUGGUGUUUGUCUUUUCAUCUUUGUACGACCAUAUCAUGUCCCCUUCAUCAGGGAUGUAGCAAUAGACACUGUGAAGACAGGAAUGGGAGGAAAAGCUGGAAAUAAAGGGGCAGUGAGCAUUCGUUUUCAGUUCUAUAGUACCAGUUUCUGCUUUAUCUGCAGUCACUUAACUGCUGGGCAGACUCAGGUGAAAGAGAGGAAUGAAGAUUAUAAAGAAAUCACACAGAAACUCAGCUUCCCAAUGGGGCGGAGCGUGUUCUCACAUGACUAUGUCUUCUGGUGUGGUGAUUUUAACUAUCGCAUUGAUCUAACAUAUGAAGAAGUCUUUUAUUUUCUCAAACGGCAAGAUUGGAAGACACUUUUGGAAUUUGAUCAACUACAACAGCAAAAAUCCAGUGGAAAAAUUUUUAAAGACUUCCAUGAAGGGACUAUUAAUUUUGGGCCAACAUAUAAAUAUGAUGUUGGCUCAGAGGCUUAUGAUACAAGUGAUAAGUGCAGAACCCCAGCUUGGACUGACAGAGUGCUUUGGUGGAGAAAGAAACUGCCUUUUGAAAAAACAGCUGGAGAGAUCAAUCUUCUAGACAGCGAUCUGAAUGCUGAAACUAAAGUCAGGCACACCUGGACCCCCGGAGCCUUGAUGUACUAUGGGAGAGCGGAACUGCAAGCAUCUGACCACAGGCCAGUGUUAGCUAUUGUAGAAGUUGAAGUUCAGGAAGUUAAUCAAGCUGCCCGUGAGAGUGUUUUCCAGGAAGUGUCAUCUUUCCAGGGACCACUGGAUGCCACAGUAGUGGUAAACCUGCUAUCACCAAUGCCUGAAGAGAAAAAUGAUUUUCCUGAGGACUUGCGUACGGAGCUUAUGCAAAUCUUUGAGGAUUAUGGCACUGUGGUUCUGGUCAGGAUCAGUGGAGGUCAAAUGCUGGUGACAUUUGCAGAUAGCAAGUCAGCUCUUCGUGUUAUGGAUAUAGAUGGCGUCAAAGUCAGAGGCAGAACAGUGAAGAUCCGGCCCAAGACCAAGGACUGGCUAAAGGGCCUUCAGGAGGAAAUUGCUCGUAAACGGGACAGCAUUGUCCCCAUGUCUCCCACGGCAAACUCCUGCCUUCUGGAAGAAAAUUUUGACUUCUCAAGUUUGGACUAUGACUCGGAAGGUGAUAUAGUGGAGGAUGAAGAUGAUUAUUUAGAUGAUGCUUUGUGUCAAGACCUAGAAGCAGACACAGCAGAAGAUAUGCCUGAAGGCUGUGGACAUUUUGCCUCCAUAGGUCAUGCAAACAAAUCUGGACAAAACCCAGGGCUGUAUAAAGAUGAUACAGACCUGGCUGAUUUGAAGCGAGAGCUGGAGGCAGGUGGGGAAUGCAACCGUCGGACUCCAAGCAGGUCUCUCUCCAUUCCUACCCGGCCUCGGCCACUUCAGCCACCACAGAGGCCUCCCCCUCCUGCUGGAACAUCAGGCAAAAAGUCCCCUUCAGAUGGUUCCCCCUCUGCAGGAAGCCACUCCACCUGCUCCAUCCUGGCAACAGCAAAGCUGCUACCUGGAGCCCCUCAGCAGCCGCCUAAAGUCCGGACUGGAAUAAGUAAACCUUACAAUGUCAAGCAGAUCAAAACCACCACAGCUGAAGAAGCAGAAGAAGCUAUUAGAUGUCUUAUGGAAGCUAAAGGAGGACUACAGGAAGAUGUAGUAAAGCCUGCUCCAGCUAGAAACCAAACGUUCACCAAAGCCGAGCCUCUUCCCAGCAUCACAAAGUCAGCAUCAUUUCAAGGGUUGCAGGCAGGACCAGUGCUUGUGCCCCAUCGCCCGCCACCCAAAGUUCCAGCCAUGAAGAAGCCAGUACCUCUGCAAAGGACUGGAGCCAAGGCUGAAAAUGCAACGUCUACAGAAGAGCAAUCUGACCAACAGACAGUUCAGUCUCCUUUUGGCUUGCCAGAGCCCUGUCCAGAAGCCGGACCUGUACUUAGUCCAACCAAGAUUACUCCAGUCCCUAAACCCAGAACACCACAACCUGGGAAGCCUCAGGAGAGCAGGGGGAGCAGUGAAAGGCAGCCCCCCUCGGCUGCCUCAAGCACGGCUGAGGCCAGCACGCUGCAUCCCGUGAAUGCUUCCUUUGCCCCAAAGGUGCCUCCACGAAGAAAGAAGUCAGCUCCUGCAGCUCUUCAUCUGCAAGUUCUCCAGAGCAGCAACAACCCACUUUUUAGUGGGUUAACGUUCAACUCCGACAGCAACAAUCCCGGGCUCUGCCCCCAGACUCGGGACGCUCAUGUCCCAGCACAGUCGGCUCUCUCAGCUCCUCUGCCCUCUGCCAGCCCAGAAAACACCACAACGAAGCAGCUGGCACCAAAUGCUGCAGAACUGAUGGCUAACCUUCGGGGCCCUCCUGUAGCAGGUGACCAGCAUCCACAGCUCCCAGAUACCAGCUCCCUUCCAGAGAACACCAAUCUUUUGGACCUGGACACAGAUUCUUCCUGCCCUCUUUCCAUACAGGCAGCAUCAGCUACUUCUCCAGCACGCACUCCAGAGAAAUUAACACGCCCCGGCUUGAAAGAUUUCAGUCACUGGGUUACGUUUAGUGAUGAUGAAGACAGUGGUGCGCUGUCAGAAGGGUUCAACAAACUGCUUGUCUUAGAACAAAACAAAAAUACCUUGAUGAACACAAAUACCGAUUUAGAAUUGUAA